GGCCUCCGUUUCCCGGCGUGCUCCAGGGUUCUCGCCGCUUCAGACCGACGACGGCGAGCGGCGGUGGGAUCAUUAACAAGGACCCUGGCGUCUCCCCGAAAGGAAGUCAGAAGUGGCGGGGACAAAGUUGGUUGCUGUUACCUCUGAGGCCAUGGAGGGGAAGUCGAAGGUGGCCCCCAGUGUGGAUUUCGACCAUAGUUGCUCAGACAGUGUCGAAUAUUUGACCCUGAACUUCGGGCCUUUUGAGACGGUGCACCGCUGGAGGAGGCUGCCGCCCUGCGAUGAAUUCGUGGGAGCCAGACGAAGUAAGCAUACUGUUGUGGCCUACAAGGAUGCAAUUUAUGUAUUUGGAGGAGACAAUGGAAAGAACAUGUUAAAUGACCUGUUAAGAUUUGAUGUGAAGGACUGCUCUUGGUGCAGGGCUUUCACAACUGGAACUCCACCUGCACCCAGGUACCAUCAUUCUGCUGUGGUGUAUGGAAGCAGCAUGUUUGUGUUUGGUGGCUAUACGGGAGAUAUUUACUCCAACUCCAACCUGCAGAACAAAAAUGAUCUGUUCGAGUACAAGUUUGCCACAGGGCAGUGGACAGAAUGGAAAGUAGAGGGCAGGUUGCCAGUUGCAAGGUCAGCUCAUGGAGCCACAGUUUACAGUGACAAGCUUUGGAUCUUUGCAGGCUAUGAUGGCAAUGCAAGACUGAAUGAUAUGUGGACCAUAGGUCUCCAAGAUAGAGAGAUGGCAUGCUGGGAUGAGAUUGAGCAGAGUGGAGAGAUCCCUCCUUCAUGUUGUAACUUCCCUGUGGCUGUCUGCAAGGACAAGAUGUUUGUUUUCUCAGGACAGAGUGGGGCAAAGAUCACCAAUAAUCUUUUUCAGUUUGAAUUCAUGGAAAAAGUUUGGACAAGGAUUCCCACUGAACACUUGCUCCGAGGCUCUCCGCCUCCACCUCAAAGACGGUACGGUCACACCAUGGUAGCAUUUGAUCGACAUCUCUAUGUGUUUGGUGGUGCUGCAGACAAUACGUUGCCUAAUGAGUUACACUGUUAUGAUGUGGACUCUCAGACAUGGGAGGUCAUUCAGCUCAGCCCAGACAGUGUGGGGAGCAACUUAUACACAGAGGCAAUUUAUGAUCCUGAUUUCAUGAUGCCCAGUGGACGGCUUUUCCAUGCUGCAGCGGUAAUUUCUGAUGCAAUGUAUAUCUUUGGUGGGACAGUGGACAACAAUGUGAGGAGUGGAGAGAUGUAUCGCUUUCAGUUUUCCUGCUAUCCUAAAUGCACUUUACACGAAGAUUAUGGGAGGCUGUGGGAGAACAGGCAAUUCUGUGAUGUGGAAUUCAUUCUCGGAGAGAAAGAAGAGCGUGUUAAAGGGCACAUAGCAGUUGUCACAGCUCGAAGCAAAUGGUUAAGGAAAAAGAUUGCCCAGGCUAGAGACUGGCUGAAGCAGAAAGCCAAGCAGGAGGUUGCUGUAGAAGCUGAAACAUCAGGGACAAACCUGAAGCAGACAAGCUCGUUACUUCAGCUGGAGGUUGUGAUCCGUGAAGCUGAGGCACAGCCAUUUGAGAUACUGAUGCAGUUUCUCUACACAGACAAAAUCAAGUACCCACGGAAAGGUCAUGUGCAAGAUGUCUUGCUGAUAAUGGAUGUUUACAAGCUGGCCCUGAGCUUUCACCUGGCUCGACUGGAACAGCUGUGCUUACAGUACAUCGAGGCCUCAGUGGACCUUCAGAAUGUAUUGACUGUGUGUGAGAAUGCCAACAAAUUGCAGCUGGACCAGAUGAAGGAAUACUGUCUGAAUUUUGUGGUGAAGGAAUCGCACUUUAACCAAGUGAUAAUGACCAAAGAAUUUGAGCUUCUUUCCACUUGCUUAAUUGUGGAGAUUGUAAGAAGGAAGCACCAACCCCCAACACGAAUAAAUUCUGAUCAGCCUGUGGAUAUAGGCACCUCUCUAGUCCAGGAUAUGAAGAGUUAUCUGGAAGGAGCAGGCAUGGAGUUUUGUGACAUAACCCUGCUGUUGGAUGGUCACCCCAGGCCAGCCCAUAAAGCAAUACUAGCUGCCCGUUCCAGUUAUUUUGAAGCCAUGUUUCGUUCUUUCAUGCCUGAAGAUGGACAAGUUAAUAUCUCCAUUGGUGAAAUGGUACCAAGUCGGCAAGCUUUUGAGUCACUCCUUCGCUAUGUGUACUAUGCUGAAGUCAACAUGCCUCCAGAGGACUCCUUAUACUUAUUUUCAGCACCUUAUUAUUAUGGUUUCACAAACAACAGACUGCAAGCCUACUGUAAGCAGAAUCUGGAAAUGAAUGUGACUGUGGAGAAUGUACUGCAGAUUCUGGAAGCAGCUGAUAAGACUCAGGCCUUAGAUAUGAAGAAACAUUGCCUCCACAUUAUUGUACAUCACUUCACCAAGGUCUCCAAGUUGCCCAACCUACGAUCCCUAAGCCAAGCCUUGCUUCUCGACAUCAUCGAAUCAUUAGCAAAUCACAUUUCAGACAAGCAGUGUGCAGAGCUGGGCUCGGACAUGUGACAAUUAAUUUUAAAAACUGAUUCUCAAAUUGGUUUGGAAACUUUGCUCUCUGAUGCAGAUGAGUGGUAAUUUAUUUAUGAAAGUAAGUAAUUUUAUUUUAAGUGGGACAGUUAGGAUGCGAUGUUAAGGCUGUUUUCAACUACGUUUGAAUCGGGUCUUUCAUUGGGAGAAGAAUAUUGCUGUCCAAUAUAUGUUUGCUGGUUCAAACAGAAUAAGGUGGCAAGCAAUGUACUAUCUUCAAAAAAAUCGCAUGGUAAUUAGCUCCAAGGGACACUAUCCCAGAUGACUUGCAAAAUUUAAUUGUGAAAUUUAAAAUUAACAAUCUUAUUUUACUUUUGGUUAUUCAUUCCCUUCAUGAAGUUAUGAAUAGUCUAAAUGAUGAUAUUUCCAAAGCAACUCACAGUGGUCACAGAUUUAGGAAUGUCUGGCUCAAUUGUUCACUAGUUCUGUACUGUCAUUGUUUGACAGCAGGAAUCACUGACUGAGGUUGCAGGAUGUUCUCUGAUAUUGGUAAAUGUAAGUUGUGUAUAUAAAUGAAUGCUCUUUAGUAGAACUUGUCAUCAUUAAUAUUCAGUUUGGUUCUCAUGAGGCACUAUAAUCGGCACACAUUGUAAUCAAAAUGUAAAAAUUGAAUGAGCCAUGGCAUUGAUUAUUAAGACUGUUGUAAAAGAAAAAUCACCAUACGUAAAUGCUACAUGUAUACUAUCACUGAUAUUCUAAUUGUAGAAUGAAUAUAUGAGGAGAUUUAUGAAUGAGGAACAUGUUUUGCUUUCUAUUGCCUUUUAUAGCUGCAAAUCACAUUGAAUUUUUUGUCUAGGUUAAUUAUUGCUUUUUUUUUGCAUGGCCAGUAAAAGUAUUGUAAAAUAUCUUUCUUAGUGCUGAAUGUAAUGUUCGAUUUCCGCAUAACUCACCGUGCAGGUGAGAUGCAGUAUCUAGAAAGUAUCUAUGCUUCAUUUUAUAAAUAGGCAACAAUUAAUUGUGGAAGAAGUCUGUGUCACAUAUUCAAUUUAAUGCUCAUGCCAUGUAUUCAUGAGACUGUGAAUCACAAUGUAAAUGAUCUCGCUGAAUUAUGCUUUUUUCACUUGUGAGUGAAGUAAAAUUUGCAGGGCUUUAUUCAUCAGCAAUUGUUUUAACUGUGCUUUGCUAUUUUUCUUAGGAAGGUAAUAAUAUAACUCGUACCUAGUAUUUAUGCUUUUCAUGUUACCAUUCAGUUGCAUUUACAAUUUGGCAUGAUGGUAUUAUGUAAUUCUAAGGCACACUCCGAAUUGAAUGAAGAGCACCCAGUAAUUGCAAUUCUACACGUUUAUGCUCACCUCCAACCAUCUGACAAGGUGAUUUUCACCUCGCCAAUACGAUACCACUCAACAUCAAGGUUAAUUGUCUCGAACUGAUGUAGAAGAGUGAAUGGGAGGGAGAUGAAAGGAGUUUGGACAGAAGCAAAUAUAUUCCAAAGCUAGUAAUUAAAGUUCACCUUCAUAUUAAAUAUAUGUGUAAUUUAUAAAAAACUGUAACUACUGAUGGUAUAAUAUAUGUAUAAAGUAAACUUUGAAAACUC